AUGCUGAAGAGUGGGAUCCAGCAGGCGCUCCGCGCCUCCAUGCGCAGGCCCGCCAUCCGCCGCAGCGCAUUCCAGCCCAUGAAGAAGAGCUUCGCACCCGCCCUAUCAACCCGCUUCGCCUCUACUGAUGCAGUAAAGGAGGGCAAGAUCCACAGCGUUGUUGGGGCAGUCGUGGACGUCAAGUUCGAUACGGAGCAGCUUCCUGCUAUUCUCAAUGCCAUUACGACUCAGAACGGUGACCAGAAACUCGUCCUCGAAGUCGCUCAACAUUUGGGUGAGAACAUUGUUCGAUGCAUUGCCAUGGACGGUACCGAGGGUCUUGUUCGAGGUGCCAAGGCCGUCGACACUGGUAACCCCAUCAUGGUACCGGUCGGAAAUGGCACCUUGGGCCGUAUCAUGAAUGUCACUGGUGACCCCAUUGACGAGCGCGGUCCCAUCAAGACCGAUACCUACGCUUCCAUCCACGCCGACCCCCCAGAGUUCACUGAGCAAUCCACCUCCGCCGAGGUCCUCGUCACUGGUAUCAAGGUUGUCGACCUUUUGGCUCCCUACGCUCGUGGUGGAAAGAUUGGUCUUUUCGGAGGUGCUGGUGUCGGCAAGACUGUGUUCAUUCAGGAGCUGAUUAACAACAUCGCCAAGGCCCACGGUGGUUUCUCCGUCUUCACUGGUGUUGGUGAGCGUACCCGUGAGGGUAACGAUCUUUACCACGAAAUGCAGGAGACCUCGGUCAUUCAACUCGACGGUGAAUCCAAGGUCGCCCUAGUUUUCGGUCAGAUGAACGAGCCUCCAGGUGCUCGUGCCCGUGUCGCUCUGACUGGUCUCGCCGUAGCAGAAAAGUUCCGAGAGGAGGGCCAGGACGUGCUCCUCUUCAUCGAUAACAUCUUCCGUUUCACUCAGGCCGGUUCCGAAGUGUCUGCUCUGCUUGGUCGUAUUCCCUCUGCCGUCGGUUACCAGCCCACCCUCGCCAUUGACAUGGGUGUCAUGCAGGAACGUAUUACCACCACUUCCAAGGGAUCCAUUACCUCCGUCCAGGCUGUCUACGUCCCCGCUGACGAUUUGACUGAUCCUGCUCCCGCCACCACCUUCGCCCAUUUGGACGCCACCACUGUCUUGUCCCGUGGUAUUUCCGAGUUGGGUAUCUACCCCGCUGUCGACCCUCUUGACUCCAAGUCCCGUAUGUUGGACCCCCGUGUCAUUGGUGACGAGCACUACCAGACCGCCACCCGCGUCCAGCAGAUUCUCCAGGAGUACAAGUCGCUCCAGGAUAUCAUUGCCAUUCUCGGUAUGGACGAGCUGUCGGAAGCUGACAAGCUUACCGUCGAGCGUGCCCGUAAGAUCCAGCGUUUCCUGAGCCAGCCUUUCGCUGUCGCCCAGGUCUUCACUGGUAUUGAGGGCAAGCUUGUCGACCUCAAGGAGACCAUCAACUCAUUCAAGGCUAUCCUGUCUGGUGAGGGUGAUGACCUUCCCGAGGGUGCUUUCUACAUGGUUGGUGACUUCGCUUCCGCUCGCGCCAAGGGAGAGAAGAUUCUCGCUGAUCUCGAGAAGUCAUAG